ACCAUUUAAAAUGAAGAUGAAUCAACAAAACGUUUUAUCCUAAAUGUGCAAGUCUUGAAGAUGCACGCUUUAUCUAUGCUUUAAUGACGUAACCGCUAAAGGAGCACAACACGGGCACCUGCUAAAUCUCAUCAGACUCCGCCAAAUCUCUGAAGAUGUCGACGACAGCCACAACCCCCACUGUGGCUACUUCCGGGAAGCUGGACACGACCAAAACUCCCGACCUGAUGAAAUCAUCACGGAGUAAAACCCCGGACAAAGAAAAAACAGAGACUUCAAUGAGGGUGACAUUUUUGUUGACACCAGCAAUAAUGUCUGUGUCAAAAAAGCUCAAAACUAAACGAGAAAAACAAUUACAAAAGUUGAAGGCUAUAUCUAUUGAUAACAAACUUGAGAACCGACUAACAAUGAAGGACUUAGCCAAACUCCAGAAAGCUUUCAUGACAGAGGGAGAUGGCUAUGAUAACAAGCUGGCUCUAUACAGGGACAUGUUCUGUGAGGCUCUCUCUAUCCUCCUUGACAAAGGGACUCGGGAGGAGUACGGAGAACUCUUUGACAAGAUUGAUGUGGCUAAGGAGGGGACGGUGGACUGGGACAAGUUUGCCUCACAUAUGCUGCUGGAGUUUUAUGAGAGAGAUGAUCGGGUCAAGUCAACCCAAGUCCCACAGUGGAAGGACCUGAAAAUGCUACAAAGUCCCCACAAGGAUAUCGUACAGAGAGUGCAGUAUCUAAAGAGUAGCAACAGAUAUGUCUCCAUUAGCAAGGAGGGUACUGUAGGUAUAUGGGGCCCGGAUCUGAAGUUGUCCCGAUCAUUUCGGAUUGCCACAGACUCAUGUAAAGCCAGGGAUCUCUGGGUGACUCAUUUUGUAGCUCUACAGAACAUCAAUAAAAUUGCCGUGGCCUUCACCUCAAAGGAGAUUGCUAUUUAUGACAUGGGGAACAAGCUAGAAUUUAACUGCCAGUACAAGGUACAGGGCAUGGAGUUCACUCCCCUUUGUCUGGACUACUGGUACAACCCUAAGGAUGCCAAUGAAGCGAUUCUGUGUUGGGGUGACGUCGGUGGUUAUGUCAACUGUCUGUUCUUUAACUCGGCAAAUAUCGCUCUGUUUGAACGACCGCCAGCACCAGCCGGGGAAAAACAAGAGCCAUGCUUGAAUGUAAAUCUCCAGGAUGUUGGAAAUGAGACGCUGUUCAAAAAUGAAACGUACACGCGACACGAGGCCCACAGAAAGGAAUGGGUGAGACAAGUGAAGUAUGCCCAUUAUUUGGAGUGUUUCAUUAGUUGCUCCACCACCAGUACAAACUCUAUGGUGAUUGGCUGGAUGGAGAAAAAGACUGGAUCUGUCACCAAGGACCAAGGAACAACCAAGAAGAUUCAGAGAAUAUCCAGCUUCAACAUUUCUCAGGGAGUGAGCACUUUUGACUACAACCAGCAUUUAAACAUUAUUGCCACGGCCGGCGUGAACCACCACGUAUGUCUGUGGAACCCCCACAUCGUGUCUAAACCUAACGGUGUCCUCCGAGGUCACAUGGCCAGUGUCAUACAAGUCCAGUUCAUCAAGAGUCGCGGUCAGCUGAUCAGCUUCUCUAAGGAUAAAGUACUCAGGAUCUGGGACGUACAGCUACAAGUGUGUAUACAGAGACUGGCCGGGAUGUUCCCCAAGGGACCAGAAGUUGUGAGCACACUGUUUUUUGACGAGGAGAAGGAUCGUUCAGGCAUGGAAAGAAACAAGAUGUUAAUUACGUUUAAUUACCAGAUUACGCUGAUGGAGAUGAAGACUGAAAAUCGAGACAAAAUCAUGUCUCACGAGAAACCGGUCACAUCAGCUAUUUAUAACUCUGUUUACAAUCAGGUGAUCAGUGUUUGCCAGGCUGGCACCAUGAUUGUGUGGAUGAUUGACACAGGUCAAAAGGUCAAACAGUUUAACAAUACUCACUCUAAUGCCGAGGUCACAUGUCUGGCCCAGGAUCCCACGGAAACCAAACUGUUCACAGGAAGUACCGACGGAACUGUCAAGGUGUGGGAUUUUAAUGGACACUGCUUCCACACUCUGGAGUGUGCUGGGGGACAGCCAGCUGAUAUAGGACAGAUCCUUAAUCUAAAGAGAAGUGUGGUGGUCGUAGGAUGGACCAAACAAAUCACAGUUUUCCCAACAGCUUCCUUUAAAGACUUCCAUGUACAGCCAGCAGAGUGGAAAGGUGGAAAGGAGCACAGUGAGGACAUUUUGUGUUGUGCAUUCACUGGACCGAAUCACUUGGCCACAGGAAGUUAUGAUGGUGAGAUAGUGAUAUGGAAUACUAACUCGGAACACAUGUCCAGACGACUUAAUCAGAGGUCCAGACGCUUAAUGGUCAAAUCUCGACAAAAGUCCUUCAUGCAGGCAAGAAAAGAGUCUGCCUCUUCACAAAGGCCAGUAUCUAAGACGUCACAAAAGAGCGGGAAAAGUCAGACCAGUGGAGCAGACGACACGAAUGAGUUUGGAUUGGCUGUUGCUAAGCUCAUUUUCCUAGAGACCAGAAAGGGAAACUCAGCGGGAGGCGGAGCUAAUAUGAUAUCUGGGGGAGGGAAUGGGUGGAUCCGAUUCUGGAACACCGCCCACACCAGACUGAUUGGCGAGUUCGUGGCCCACCAACAAUCUGGAAGUGUUCUGAUGGCCACAGACAAGAAGAAUCGCUACAUGGCGACUGGUGACGUAGAUGGCCUGAUUAAAGUGUGGGACAUUACAGAGUACUGUGUUCAGGCUGCGGACGAUAUCAUCACAACUUCACCACCCCAGAAGUGUCAGUUCCAAGCUCACUCUGACAUGAUCAACACGUUAGAAAUGUGUGAGAGAAACGAACGAGUCCUCAUCAUAUCAGCUUCCUCAGACUGCAGUGUCGCCAUGUAUGACGUACUUGGAAAUCUCAUCGGAAUAUUUGGACAGGAGGAUCACUGGAAGAUAGAGCCGUACGACCCAGCGGAGGAGUUCAUAGAGGAAGUGGAGAGUGAGGAGGAGAUCGAGGAGAGUAAAGAACAGGAAGCUGAGGAAGAGGAGGAGGAGGAGGACUGGGAACCAGACGAGGAGGCUGUCACUGACCCAGAGCACCACCGCAUCAACACGUGGAACAAAACUUUGUUAGGCAAACAUUACCAAGAACUUCGGGUGAAAAAACGGGAGAGAAAACAGCCGAGUACCAUACCAGAUCUGCCAUACUUGCACUGGGAGAGGACUGGGCAUGCUCCAGCGGGGCCUUACUCUUCGCUGGAUACACAGGUGAUACAGGACUUUGAACCUCCAAAGAAACCCAACAUGUCGUACACAGAAAGUGUAUCAACUACUUCUAACCUGCCAAAACUUCCUAACCUUGUGGACACACUAAAACAACCUGUUCCAGAGAAGGAAAUUUUCCCAAAAUACAUUCUGGAUUUUGAAGCCAAGAUGAAAGAUUAUCAUCGACGACAAUUAAGUCAAGGAAACUCCUCCAAUGCUCCUGGAAUUAUGGGAUUGAAAGGAAAACUUGGAGCUGGGAUGGCUAAAUCAAGUCUACAGAGUAUCGGGCUCCAGCUUGGUAAACAGAUGUUAAAUACGUCCACCCCCAAACCAGCCAAGUCCGUCAAGAGUAUGAAGGUCAAAUCCAUAUCACGGAGGACAUCUGUGGUGUCAACAGAAGCCUCUCAGGCUUACUGAUAAUCCACAUACAUCCAACUGAUAAUCCAGAUAAAUCCAACUGAUACCAACUGAUAAUCCAUAUUUAUACAUGUAUUCCAGUUCAAGCUAACUUAUAUAAGUUGAUAGAUUACUGAUGUUCCAGAUAAGUCCAGCUGAUAUAAGUUGAUAUAUUACUGAUAUUCUGGAUAUAUCCAAAUGAUAGGUGAUAUCUGUUAAAAUAUUAUUGAUAAUGGUGAUUUUACAGUGUAUAACAGUUGUUGUCAGUAAUAAUGGAUAUCCAAGGAGACCUUCCAUGUGUAAAUUUUCAUUGUUGUAUGAGAUGAGAAUGUUAUGUAAUGUAGAUAUUAAUCUUACCUGAAGAGACUUAAAGGUAAUAUGAAAAUUUAUUAAUAAAAACAGAUAUAAGGUUUUUGAUAACACUCACAUCCCCUUCCAAGAUAAAAGAUGUGUUGUUUUAAAUACAUGAACAUUUCUUCAAACAAAUAUAUAAAAAAAAUUCCAUUGACAUUGAUAUUAUGUAUUUGUGAGUUCAUAAACACUGACUGGCUUUCAGUGUACCUUCAGAAUUGCAUGACCUUUGUGUUUUCUUGCAUUUAAAGUGAUCAUGUGUUUUAUUAUUAAUGCUGUAUUGCACUCUGAUAGUGUUUGGGGAAUUCUUGUUUUAGAAUCAUAUGCGAUAUUUGAACACUUUUGAUGCAAUAUUUGUACAUAAGUAGGCCUCUAACUUUUUACAAUACUGUUUGUUAUGAAAUGUUUUAAUGACAUGUUUUCUCAAAUAAACUUCAA